UAUCCGUUUAGCAGCCGACAAUAUUGGCAAGUUGCAGCAUGGCUGCUACGUUUGGGCCUGAGCAUGGGGAAGAUCAACUCUUUUAUAUUGCUUGAAAUGGUCAGUAUCAAGGAUUUACCCUUGUCAUUUCGCUCUGCGAAAGAAUUACAUGGUAGAGCUGAGAUGCUCCCCAGCAAUCCACGCUGGAAGUCUCAAGUAAUCCAUACAUCACAUCCUACAAAACUGCCUGUAAUUCUGUACUGGCGUGACUCUAUUGAAUGUAUUGCCAGCAUCUUUAAUCACCCACUAUUUCACAAUCAUAUAGACUUCACGCCUUGCAAGGUUUACUCUACUGCAGAGAGGUUGUGUCGCAUAUAUUCU